AGAUGCAGCGGAGAGGGGAGGGGAGGGGGGGGGGAGGAUAGUGGCAGGCAGAGAAGCAGAAGAUGCUGAGGGUGAUGCUGCAGCCCGUCAAUUCAUCCUUGCCUGACUUGUGAGGGAGUUUGAAGCUUGCGCCUGACAAACAUGCAGAACCACAUUUAAGUCCGUGGGCCCGGAGUGGGGCUUUAGGGGUGCCGGUUGAGGGUAGCACACGUGUGAAGCCAUGGCGAGCGCCCAGCCGGGGGUCCACGCCUUGAAACUCCAACCUCCCGCCGUGUCCCACACGCUGAGGAAAGGAAGCAACUUCAUUAAAUGGGAUGAGGAUCUUUCCACUGUGACUCCUGUGACUCUUCAUGUGGACCAACAUGGACUUUAUCUGUACUGGACUGACCAGAACAAGGAGACAGAGUUGCUGGACUUGACCCUUGUGAAAGAUGUCAGAACAGGCAGAAGCACCAAAACGCAGAAGGAGGCAAAAUUGCGGGAGCUGCUGGAUGUGGGCAAUCUGGUCGGCCGCCUGGAGAACCGCAUGGUUACCGUGGUGACGGCUUCAGACAUCGUCAAUGUCAACCAGCUGAACUUCAUUGCGGCUCAAGAGGAGGAAGCUAAGGCGUGGUGUGAGGAACUCUUCUCUCUGUCUUCCAACCUGCUGAGCCACAACCUCAAUAGAGACCACAGUCUCCUUAAAGCAUACGUCAAGUUGACUCUCCAGCCCAAUGCAGAAGGCAGGAUUCCCGUCAAAAACAUCGUUCGGUUGUUUUCGUUGGACAGGAAGCGGGUGGAGAACGCCCUGGAGAGCUGCCGCCUGCCUUAUGGACGGGGUGACGGCAUCAAACUGGAGGACUUCACUCUGGAGGUCUACAAGAGCUUCCUGGACCACCUUUGUCCUCGGCCUGAGCUCGGAAACAUCUUUAAACUGCAGGGAGGCGAUGGCGGGACGAUGUCAGUGGAUCAGAUGACAGAAUUCAUCAACAAUAAGCAGAGAGACCCAAGACUCAACGAGAUCCUCUACCCGCCUCUACGACCCGCUCAGACCCAAACGUUGCUUGAUCGACACCAACAGGACAAACCACUGCUGGAGCAGGGUCUCAUCUCCGUGCAGGCGUUUUCCAGUUAUCUUUCCAGUGACGAGAACGGCAUCAUCCCACCAGACAAACUGGAUCAAUCUGAGGACAUGAGCUUCCCUCUGUCUCACUACUUUGUCAACUCCUCUCACAACACCUACCUGACAGCGGGUCAGCUCGCGGGGAGCUCCUCGGUGGAGAUGUACCGGCAGGUUCUGCUGGCCGGGUGUCGCUGUGUGGAGUUAGACGUUUGGAAAGGAAGGACUGCCGAGGAGGAGCCUGUCAUCACGCACGGCUUCACCAUGACCUCUGAGAUCUGUUUCAAGGAAGUGAUUGAGGCCAUUGCAGAGUGCGCCUUCAAGACAUCGCCUUUCCCGGUUAUCUUAUCUUUUGAGAAUCACGUUGACUCGUUGAAGCAACAGGCUAAGAUGGCUGAAUAUUGUCGAUCAAUCUUUGGGGAGGCCUUACUGAUUGACCCACUGGACAAAUACCCUCUGGAGUCGGGUGUGCCGCUGCCCAGUCCUCAGGAGUUAAUGGGCAAAAUUCUCAUCAAGAACAAGAAGUCACACAAAGCCUCCAAUAGCGCUGACGCCAAGAGGCUGACGGAGCAGCCGUCCAAUCAGGGCCACGAGCCGGUGUCUCCUUGCCCCAACACGGGAGAGAUAGACGCUGAGAGUGAGGAAGAUGACGACGAUGAAGAUGAUGACGGUAAAAAGGGUUCAGCGGAGCGUGAGGCCGUGGCCACAGAGGAGAUGUCCACUCUGGUCAACUACGUCCAGCCCACCAAGUUCAACUCCUUUGAAUCCUCCAAGAAGGCGGCCCGCUGUUACCACAUGUCGUCCUUUGUGGAGACCAAAGCUCUGGAGCACCUCACCAAGUCACCAGUGGAGUUUGUCGAGUAUAAUAAAUCCCAACUAAGUCGAAUUUAUCCCAAAGGAACCAGAGUGGACUCGUCCAACUUCAUGCCACAACUCUUCUGGAACGCCGGCUGUCAGCUGGUGGCUCUCAAUUAUCAAACCAUAGAUCUAUCCAUGCAGCUGAACCUCUUCAUGUUCGAGUAUAACGGUCGCAGCGGCUACAGGCUGAAGCCCGAGUUCAUGAGGCGGCCGGAUAAACACUUUGACCCCUUCACGGAGAACACCGUGGACGGCAUCGUUGCCAACACCCUCUCAGUGAAGGUGAUUUCAGGCCAGUUCCUCACAGAGCGCAGGGUGGGCGUGUACGUGGAAGUGGAGAUGUUUGGACUUCCUGCAGACACCAGGAGGAAAGCUUUGAAGACCAAAACCUCACAGAACAACAAUGCCGUAAAUCCAGUGUGGGACGAGGAGCCCAUCGUGUUCAAGAAGGUGAUUCUUCCAACUUUGGCCUCGCUGAGGAUCGCCGCCUUUGAGGAAGGAGGGAAGUUUAUCGGCCAUCGCAUCAUUCCAGUGUCAGCAAUAAGACCUGGCUACCGCUAUAUUGGCCUGAGGAAUGAGAAGAACCAGUCUCUUAUUCUGCCGGCUGUGUUUGUGUACAUCGAAGUCAAAGACUACGUCCCUGACACUUUUGCAGAUGUGAUCGAGGCUCUGUCCAACCCAAUCCGAUACAUCAACCUGCUGGAGCAGCGCUCCAAACAACUGGCGGCUCUGACGCUGGAGGACGGAGAGGAAGAGGCGCAGGCCGAGGAUGAAGCUGACAGCGGCGCCGAGCGUAAGAAUGACCCAAAGUCAGCGUUGGUAGAGAAUGGACUCAGCCCCACCGCUGGCCCCACAGGCCACACCCCCACCACGGCAACGCCUAAACCCUCGGCAGCCAAUCAACAAGCAGCGACCACAGAUGUAGCCAAGCCGGCAGCAAAGACUGAAGAUUUGGUUUUAAGCGUUUUAAUAGAUGUCCCGGUGUCCUCGCUGGCCAGCCUGCAGCAGUCCAAAGUUUACCAGAAGGAGCAGAAACGUCAGUUCAAGGAGCUGAAGGAGUUGGUGAGGAGGCACCAGAAGAAGACCGCUGAGCUGCUGAGAGAGAUCAACAACAAGUACAAGAAGACAGCCAGACAGUGCAGCAAGAGCAGGGCGGCGUCUUCAGACGGCGAGCGAGACGAGCGCCUCCAGUCUCUGAGGGACGAGCAGCAGCAGCAGCUCGUGACUCUGAGGCAGGAACAGUACUACAGCCAGAAGUACCUGCAGAGGGAACACAUCAAGACGCUGACGGAGCGACUGAGCAGUCUGGCGGAGGAGAGCCACAGCACGCAGAUGAAGAAACUCAAAGACGUCUGCUGCAAGGAAAAGAAGGAGCUGAAGAGGCAGAUGGAUCGAAGAAGAACAGAGAAGAUCACCCUGGCUAAGAUGAAAGAGAAACAUCUGGCGGAAGAAGAGAAGAUGGAGAUCAAUAAGUCGUACGUCAAUGAAGUGGUGCAGAACAUAAAACGGCUGGAGGAGACUCAGGCGAAGCGUCAUGAACAGCUGGUGGAGCAACACAACCUUCUCCUGCAGGAGAUACAAGAGCAGAAACCAAAGCUGCAGGGCGUCAUCGAGGCCGAGUUUCAGGAGAAGUUCCAACGUUUGCCCGGUGAGAUUCAAGACUUCCUGCAGGACAGGAGGUCAGAGGUCAGAAGUCAAAGCAAGUCCCGGCCGUCAACCCCGAACGAAGCUCUCUCAGAGGACGACUGAGGAUGAAAAGAUGUGUGAGGACAGGAAGGAAGUGAAAAGAAAUAGGAAAAGGAAAUAGACGCUGACGCUGAUGGGUUAAGACUGUUAAGACUGAUGAAGGAUUUAACACAUUCUUUUUUUUAAACAAGCAUGCACUUUGAUAUUACGCAACCUUUAUUAAGUCUGAUUUGACGUCUGAACUAUCCAUCCACUUUUCUCCUUUAGCAUGCUGACCAACAUUAGCUGCUAUUAUUAGCCUGCAAAAUAUAUCAAAGUACAUUUUUUUUGUCAUAUUACCAGACGGUAUGUGCUUAUAUUUGCAUCAAAAAUACAAAUCGGUCCGUUAUUAGACUUCCUGUUACAAACCAAUAUUGCAUUUUUGUUACCAUUCUGAACUAAAGCCUACAAAAUGGACCUUACAUGGUUGAAGCCUGUUUGCUAUUAAGAGCAGUAACCAUGGGAACCAUCCUGUUCUACUGUCUGAUGUCAUCAUUAAGGAUAGUUUCUAGUUAGUUCUGGCAAGUCCAGUCAUCCCUGGUUUAUCGUUAAUUGGCCAUAGGUGAAUUGCUGCAGAGUAGUCGUAAAUGGAGUAUUCUGUAAUUAGAGGAUGGAAGACCUGUUUAUGACCUUCUUAACGAGGGAUGUCAUAUCAAAAAAAAAAUCGGUAUCAUAUUUUUCCCCCAUCAUGAAAAGCGAUAUAAGCAAAUGCUGUAUCAACUGUUCAUUCCACCACAUAUGUUACUGCUGAUAUCUCAAUCGGAAAUUGAGUUGGACAAUAUCAUCAUAUCAAUUUCCGUUGUGAAAUACCAGUUCAAACCAGUCCAGACAGGUUCAAACCAGUUUUGGCCAGUUUAUACCAGUUCAAACCGGUUUAGGCCUGUUCACACUGGUUUAUACUAGUUGAAACCGGUUUAGACCAAUUCAAAAUGGCUUAGACCUUUAGACUGGUGCAAACUCGUUUAGACAGGUCCAAACAGGUUCAAAUCAGUUCAGACUGGUUCACACCGGUGUAGACUGGUUUAGACCUGUUCACACCAGUUUACUCAAACCGGUUUAGACCAAUUCAGACCUGUUUAGACUGGUUCAAACCGGUUCAUACAAGUUAAAACUGGUAAAAAGGUUUAGGCCAGACAGGUUCAAACCAUUUCAGACUGGUUAGAAUCUGUCCAGACCAGUUCAAACCAGUUUAGAAUGGUUCACACCGAUUUAGAGCAGUUCAGACUGGUUUAGACCCAUUCACACCAGUUUACUCAAACCGGUUUAGACCAAUUCAGACUGGUUUAGACCUGUUCAGACCAGUUUAGACUGGUUCAAACCGGUUCAUACAAGUUAAAACCGGUAGACAGGUUUAGGCCAGUCAGGUUCACACCAUUUUAGACUGGUUCAAAUCCAUCCAGACCAGUUCAAACCAGUUUAGAAUGGUUCACACCGAUUUAGAGCAGUUCGGACUGGUUUAGACCUGUUCAGACUAGUUCAAACUGUUCCAUACCAGGUCAAACCGGUUUAGACAAGCUUAGCCCAGUUCAAAUCAUUUUAGACUGGUUCAAACCAGUUUAGACAGGUCCAGAUCGGUUCAAACCUGUUCAAAUUCUUCCAGACGUGGUUGAGACCGGUUCAAGUUUAGAGAUACAGAUACAAGACAUACAGAGAAAUAUUCUACAUGGUUUCUUUGUGUUAGUAAUGUUAUAUUGAUGAAACCAUGGCCACAGGCAGGAAGCACGCUGUCAAGAAAAAAAGACAAAACUCCCAAUGCUAAUAUGUGACUUUGUUAUGUCUCAUUUAUGUUUACUAUAUUGAGUAAUGUGAGUGCAAAGAUGACUAUAGGGGUGUUAUGUCAUGCCUAGAGGGCUCUAAGGUUAAAAAAAACAUAUUUAGAAGGUCAAUGCUUUGACUACAAUAAUAUUCCUAUUAUAAAUAAUCUUACAUCACAGAAAGUCACUUAUCGCUGCUGGGUCUUAAACCAAUUAAUAGCGAUAAACGAGGGAUGACUCGACUUUAUCACAAAGAAAUGUACUAUAGUACCCCACUGAGCUCCAAUAUCAUUUUAAAGACCCUGAACCGAGAAGGAGCAGGAUGAGAUCGUGUAAAUUUGCAUCUGGAAGCAUUGACUGAGUCAAAGAUUAAUAAUAUGAGAGAUCACAACUUUGUUUUUGCAUGAUGUAACUUUAAUGAUGCACUUUUUUUGUAUUUGUAAUUAUUUACUGUUAAUCAAGGUGAGCGUAGGAAUUUCAAAGUAUGUUUAUUAGACUGUUAGCCUCAUGUUUUUGUGUGUUGGAUCAACAUCCAAACUGCUGUUGGGACUUUAAAGUAAGCAAUCCGAGUCUUCACAUUCGUAGCAGCAGCAUUCGCUGGCGUCGUCCAGGCGGAGCGGUGGACUUCCCGCAUGGAACGUUUCUGCAUGAUAUAUUUGUUUCAAUGUUUCUUGAAAGCAGAGCCGUUUUUCUUCUUGGUGAAUGGACCAACAUUGUGAUUUCUUCUGAAAUGCUUGUACUGUUUUGUAAGAAAAAAAAAGAGCUUUGUACAACGUUUGAGCAAUGUGUUUUAACUUGCGCUGCGUUCGACAACCUUUUGGCAGGGAACUUUUUAUGCAGCUUACUGUUGACUGGCCCAUGUUUUUGAAGUCUUAGGCCAUUUUCCAUGGCAAUAUUCACUAGUCACGUCCAAUCCUUGCCUUUUUUUUUAGGGCCAAAUGAUGUCAUUAAAAACAUGUUAUCAACAAAAAGCAGUCGAUUGCACGGAGCAAGCGACUGAACUGAGCAUGCUUUACAUCUGCAACAGUUUGAAUUGUUGUGUGGUUUUACUGGAUGCUAUUUCAAGACUAUUCUGAGCACUAUUAAAAUGUUUCAACUAAACUGUUAUUUCAAAAGAAUCAUACAGAUAACAUAAUGUUUUCAAAGCUGUGUAAAUGGCCAUACAUCCCUCGCCACUUUCUGGUUCAAACACAUUGUGUGUUCACAAAUUAGUUCAUUAAUAAAUGAUAACCGUCAAAAGAUAUAGAAAGGUAAGUCACGUGUAU